AUGCGAUGCGCGAGCAAGGCCGCCGAGAGCGCGUCCGCACGUCUCUGUGCGGACGCCGAAGCAGAAACCACAGCAACUGAUGUCUCAUCGGUUGCUGAAGCGACCCAGCCUGUGUCACUUGGUGAUGCAGGCGCUGGUCAUGAAGACACUCAUGUCUUCACGGAGUACGAGCUCGGUGUCUCACACUCUCCUGAUACGGAAGACGGAUCCGUAUCGACGGCGAUCGAAUCCAAGCCGCCUGCCAAGCGUAGCAUGGAUGAUGCUUUGCGUCGUAGCAUCUUUGGUUCAUCUGAUGAAUCAGAUGAACCAUCGCCGAAGCGUAGGCGCUCGAGGUCGCGAGACUCGGGCGCUAACAGUGGUGUCGGUUCUCCUAUGGACACCACUUCGCAACGAGGUGCCAGUACUUCUGUCGGCACAUCGCAGGAAGAGCGGGAUCGCAAUGUCUUGCGUCUCGCUCCCGAGAAGAAGGCAUGGAUGUGUGGUGGAGCGGCGAUCGCUCAUUUUAUGAGGCGAUCUCGACUCUCCACUGGUGCCCAGACGACCGACUAUCGGAGGGGGUACUCCGUUUCCGUGUCUUGUAUUUCCUUCCUCACCUUGUGUACCCGUCGGUAG